GCCACACUGGGUGCGAUGAACGCUCCAUGCGGGCCGCCGUGACAUGGAAGGCUGUGACUCGCCCGUCAUCUCUGGGAAGGACCAUGGGCAUGCUCUCCCUCCGCACCAGCCCUGGACUGAACUCAGCAGCCAGCCGGGGAGCAUGGAGCCUCUCUCCGCGGCGGAGAGCCACACAGCCCUAGUGGGCCAGCAGGUUCCUUUCGGCGAGUGCUCCACGGACAGGGCUGCCACUGCCACCUCUGGCCCCAGCGCCGAGCCCGCCAGCAAGGAGGUCAGCUGUAACGAAUGUGCCACCUCCUUUGCCACCCUGCAGGCCUACAUGGAGCACCACUGCCCGGGCGCCUCCCAUGCGCUGCUCCCACUGCCUGAAGAGAGCGGGAGUGACACGGGGGAGGAGGAGGAGGAGAGUGAUGUGGAGAACCUGGCGGGGGAGAUCGUCUACCAGCCGGAUGGCUCGGCCUACAUUGUGGAAAGCCUCAGCCAGCUGGUCCAGAGUGGCGGGGGAGUCUGCGGGGCUGGCAACGGGACCGCCAGUGGGGCUCUCCCUCCCCUCUUCCUGAACUCUCUCCCCAGUGCGGGGGGCAAGCCCGGCGAGCCCACUUCCGCUGCGCCAGUCUAUCCACAGAUUAUCAACACUUUCCACAUAGCCUCAUCCUUCGGGAAGUGGUUUGAGGGCUCAGACCAGGCCUUCCUGAAUACCUCAACCCUGGCAGGGGUCAGCCCUGUCCUGCACAGCUUCCGUGUUUUUGAUGUGCGCCACAAAAGCAACAAGGAUUACCUGAAUAGCGAUGGUUCUGCCAAAAGCUCCUGCGUAUCCAAAGAUGUUCCAAAUAACGUGGACCUGUCCAAAUUUGAUGGCUUUGUGCUCUACGGGAAGCGGAAGCCCAUCCUGAUGUGUUUUUUGUGCAAGCUCUCCUUUGGGUAUGUCCGCUCCUUGGUGACCCAUGCAGUGCAUGACCAUCGAAUGACUUUGAGCGAGGAGGAGCGGAAAAUUCUUAGCAAUAAGAACAUCUCCGCUCUUAUCCAAGGGAUAGGCAAAGACAAAGAACCUCUUAUCAGCUUUUUGGAACCAAAAAACAAAACCUUUCCACACCCCUUAGUUUCCACAGCUAACCUCAUAGGCCCGGGACACAGUUUCUACGGCAAAUUCAGUGGGAUUCGGAUGGAAGGGGAAGAAGGUAGCCCGGGGGGGGCUGCCAGGGGAACCGAACAGCCCCAGUCCUGCCUCUUGGCCCCAGCAGCCCUCUUGAACCUUGGAGGGCUCACGAGCUCCGCUUUGAAGACCCCUAUUACCUCAGUCCCCCUGGGCCCCCUAGCUUCCAGUCCUACCAGCUCCUCCUCUGAGGCAAAGGAGCCUGGAGGGGCCAUGGGUGAGAAUCAAGACCUGGCUGACCAGGGAGGCCUCUCGGAGAAAGGAGAGCCAGUUGGGGAGGAGAGAGUGGAGGAGGAGGGAGUGGAGGAGGAGGAGGAGGAAGAAGAGGAGGAGGAGGAGGAGGAAGAGGACGAUGAGGGGUGCAAAGGGCUGUUCCCAAGUGAGCUGGAGUUGGAGGAAAGACCUCCCCAGGAGCCUGGGGCUGUGGGAAGCGGCGGCGGCGGCAGCAGCAGAAAGGACCUUGCUCUCUCAAACCAAAGCAUUUCUUCUCCCUUAAUGCCUAACGUGCUCCCGAGCCUGUCCAGGGGCACGGCUUCUUCGACUUCUAAUUCUGCUUCUUCCUUUGUCUUUGAUGGUGGAAACAGGAAGAAUUGUUUAAGCUUUAACAGUGAAGGCAGUGAGGGCAGCAGGAGGCUGGACUUCAGCGAUGAAAGUGCCAAUAAAGACAAUGCCACCCUACUGGAACCAAAUGAGAGCAUGGAGGGCGAGGACGGGAGCUUUGUCUCCCAUCACCAGCAUUCUGGGCCCCUCUGCGAGCUUGGGGGUGGGGAAUGCCCCUCGGGGAGCGGGGUGGAGUGCCCCAAGUGUGACACCGUCUUGGGCUCCUCCCGCUCGCUUGGCGGUCACAUGACCAUGAUGCACUCGCGGAACUCCUGCAAAACCCUCAAGUGCCCCAAGUGUAAUUGGCACUACAAGUACCAGCAGACGCUUGAGGCUCACAUGAAGGAGAAGCACCCGGAGUCGGGGGGCUCCUGUGCCUACUGCAAAAGCGGGCAACCCCACCCGCGGCUGGCACGGGGAGAGAGCUACACGUGUGGCUACAAGCCCUUCCGCUGUGAGGUUUGUAACUACUCCACGACGACCAAAGGCAACCUCAGUAUUCAUAUGCAGUCCGACAAGCAUCUCAACAACAUGCAGAACCUGCAGAAUGGGGGCGGGGAACAAGUCUUCAGCCACUCUGCUGGGGCAGCUGCGGCGGCGGCAGCAGCGGCGGCUGCUGCUGCCGCCGCAGCCAACAUAGGGAACAGCUGUGGGACCCCCUCCCCCACCAAACCAAAAAGCAAACCUACCUGGCGGUGUGAAGUGUGUGACUACGAGACCAACGUUGCCAGGAACCUUCGCAUCCACAUGACCAGUGAGAAGCACAUGCACAACAUGCUGCUGCUGCAGCAGAACAUGAGCCAAAUGCAGCAGCAGCAGCAGCACAGCCGCCACCUGGGCCUGGGCAGCCUGCCUGCGGAGGCUGAGCUCUACCAGUACUACUUGGCGCAGAACAUGACCCUGCCCACUCUCAAGAUGGAGAGCACUGCUUCGGAGGCCCCCUUCCUGAUGGGCGGCUUCCCGCUGGACCCCAGCAGCCCAGUCGCCUCCCUGGCCCCGUCUCUAGUGGGUGGAGAGAUCCCCCUGGACAUGCGGCUCGGGGGUGGGCCGCUGGUGUCCGAGGAGCUCAUGAACCUAGGGGAGACCUUCACGCAGACCAAUGACCCAUCUCUGAAGCUCUUCCAGUGUGCCGUCUGCAACAAGUUCAGCACAGACAAUUUGGACCUGCUGGGGCUCCAUAUGAACAUAGAGCGCAGCCUGCCGGAAGAGGAGUGGAAGGCUGUGACGGGGGACUCGUACCAGUGCAAGUUGUGCCGCUACAACACUCAGCUCAAGGCUAAUUUUCAGCUCCACUGCAAGACUGACAAACAUGUGCAGAAGUUCCAGCUGGUGGCCCACAUCAAGGAGGGGGGCAAGGCCAAUGAGUGGAGGCUCAAGUGUGUGGCCAUCGGCAACCCCGUGCAUCUGAAGUGCAACGCUUGUGACUAUUACACCAACAGCCUGGAGAAGCUGCGUCUGCAUACAGUCAACUCCAGGCAUGAGGCCAGUCUGAAACUCUACAAGCACCUUCAGCACCACGAGAGCAGCGUGGAGGAGGGGGAGAACUGCUACUACCACUGCAUCCUCUGCAACUACUCCACCAAGGCCAAGCUGAACCUCCUCCAGCACGUGCGCUCCAUGAAGCACCAGCGGGGCGAGAGCCUGCGCAAGCUGCAGCGCCUGCAGAAGGGUCUCCCGGAGGAGGAGGAGGACCUGGCCCAGAUCUUCGCCAUCCGGAAGUGCCCUGCUGCGCCCGAGGGGGAGGAGCCCGUGGAAGACCCAGAAGGGCCCAGCGAGAUGGCUGCUGACCUGGAAGAGCCGGCACAAGACUCAGAGGGCCCGGCCGACAGGGACCAGAGCCAGUGGACAGCACAGGCAGCCCAGGUGGAGAAGGAGGUGGCCGUGGCAGGAGCCCCAGCCUCCUCCUCCCGACGCCUCUCGUCCUCGUGUCCCAGGGGAUCGGAAUCGCCCAGCGGGGCCAAAUGGCCCAAGGCAGCAUUGGAGGAGAGCAAGCCGGAGCAGAUGUAUCAGUGCCCCUACUGCAAGUACAGCAAUCCAGACGUGAACCGGCUGCGGGUCCAUGCCAUGACUCAGCACUCCGUGCAGCCCAUGCUCCGGUGCCCGCUCUGCCAGGACAUGCUCAGCAACAAGAUCCACCUGCAGCUGCACCUCACCCACCUGCACAGCGUCUCCCCGGACUGUGUUGAGAAGCUCAUUUUGACCGUGACCACGCCAGAGGUGAUGAUGCCCAGCAGCAUGUUCCUCCCAGCUGCUGCCCCCCCAGACAGAGAUGGAAAUGCCAGCGUGGAGGAACCGGCCAGGCAGCCUGAGCCCUCGGAGGACCCAGGGAAAGGCCCGCUGCCUUCAGACAACAUGGAGCCUGGGGGAGAACCGAAGCUUGUUCUGACCGACCAGGCCUCUGCCAGGGAGGACACCGGGUUUGUCUGCUGGAAGAAAGGCUGCAGUCAAGGGUUCAAAACCUCCACUACUCUCCAGGCACAUUUCAAUGAGGUGCACACCAAGCGGCCGCAGCUGCCUGUCUCUGACCGGCACGUGUACAAAUACCGCUGCAAUCAGUGCAGCCUGGCCUUCAAAACUGUCGAGAAGCUGCAGCUGCACUCCCAGUACCACGUGAUUCGUGCUGCCACCAUGUGCUGCCUUUGCCAGCGCAGCUUCCGCACUUUCCAAGCCCUCAAGAAGCACCUGGAAACGAGCCACCUGGAGCUGAGCGAAGCUGACAUCCAGCAGCUGUACAGCGGGCUCCUCAUCAAUGGAGACCUCCUGGCCAUGGGGGACCCCUCCCUGGCUGAAGACCACCCCCUCCUGGGAGAGGAAGACAAAGAGGAGGAGAGUGACUUGGAGGACAAGCAGAGCCCCACGGGGAGCGACUCCGGGUCUGUGCAAGAGGACGCUGGUUCUGAACCAAAGCGGGCUCUCCCAUUCCGGAAAGGCCCAAACUUCACGAUGGAGAAGUUCUUGGACCCGUCCCGUCCAUACAAGUGCACUGUUUGCAAAGAGUCCUUCACGCAGAAGAACAUCCUUUUGGUCCAUUACAAUUCAGUGUCUCACUUGCACAAGCUGAAGCGAGCCCUCCAGGAGUCCACGAGCGGCCAGCAAGAGCCCACCAGCAGCCCGGACAACAAGCCCUUCAAGUGCAACACCUGCAACGUGGCUUACAGCCAGAGCUCCACCCUGGAGAUCCACAUGAGGUCCGUCUUGCACCAGACCAAAGCACGAGCGGCCAAGCUGGAAGCGGCCGGGGGCGGGGCCAGCAGUGUUCCCUUGGGCUCCUCCACACCCAGCCCUGUCAGCACAACCACCAAUACGCCCACCACGGUCCCCGGGCCCAGCGCCAGCACUGCCAGCACAGCUCCUGCCGCCAGCCUCCUUGGCCAGGUCUCCUGUGAGAUCUCUCCUCUGCACACCUCCCCAGCAGCUGCCUCCUCAAGCCCUUCGGAGCCCAAAGAGGUCAACCGCAAGAAGCUAGCUGACAUGAUCGCCUCCCGCCAGCAGCAGCAGCAGCAGCAACAAGCGCACACCUUGGUGCAGGCUCAGGUGCAGGCCCAGCUCCAGCAUGAGCUCCAGCAGCAGCAGCAGCAGGCUGCCCUUCUGCAGGCCCAGCUCUUUAACCCGGGGGCCCUCCUACCCCACUUCCCCAUGACCACAGAGACCCUCCUGCACCUCCAGCAGCAGCAGCAGCAGCAGCAUCUCCUCUUCCCCUUCUACAUCCCCAGUGCUGAGUUCCAGCUGAACCCGGAGGUGAGCCUGCCUGUGACCAGUGGCGCCCUGGCGUUGACAGGAGCGGGGACCGGCCUCCUGGAGGACUUGAAGGUGCAGCUCCCCCAACCCAGCCACACCCCGGGGCCCCCACCCCCGCCCCACUGCGUCCUCCUGCAGCACAGCCAGCCACCAGACAAGAAAGCCAAGACUGCUGUCAAGGAGAAGGAAGGCCAGCAGGAGCAGGAGAAGAGCGCCGAGAAAGGGGACGGCAGCUCCGUCUCCCAGGAGCCCCCCAAGCCCAAAGCCCAGCCUGCGGAGCCCCCCCUGCUGCUCCCCCCUCGCAUUGCCUCUGACGCACGCGGGAACGCCACUAAAGCCUUGCUGGAGAACUUUGGCUUUGAGCUGGUCAUUCAAUACAACGAGAACAAGCAGAAGGUGCAGAAGAGGGUGGGGAAGCCCGAGCCGGAAGGGCGGGUGGACGACGUGGAGAGACUGGAAUGCUCUGCCUGCAGCAAGCUCUUCUCCAAUGUCCUCAUCCUGAAGAGCCACCAGGAGCACGUCCAUCAGCAGUACUUCCCCUUCCAGCAGCUGGAGGAAUUUGCCAAGCAGUACCGCGAGCACUAUGACAAGUUGUACCCACUGCGCCCUCCGACCCCAGAGCCGCCCCCGCUGCCCCCCGCCCCCCCACCCCCGCCCCCCACCCCCAGCAUCCCUGCCUCGGCCCCACCGGCCUCCUCUCCGACCGUGGCCCCUGCCCAGCCCUCGCUGCCCCUCAUGCCCAUGGAGCUGCCCCUCUUCUCUCCCCUCAUGAUGCAGAGCCUGCCUCUUCAGAGCUUGCCCGCCCAGCUGCCCCCCCAGCUGGGCCCUGUCGACCCCCUGCCCGCGGACCUGGCUCAACUCUACCAGCACCAGCUGAACCCAGGCCUUCUGCAGCAGCAGCAGCAGCAGAGCAAGAGGCCGCGCACGCGCAUCACAGAUGACCAGCUGCGUGUCCUGCGGCAGUACUUCGACAUCAACAACUCCCCCAGCGAGGAGCAGAUCAAGGAGAUGGCGGACAAGUCGGGCCUGCCCCAGAAGGUGAUCAAGCACUGGUUCCGCAACACCCUCUUCAAGGAGCGCCAGCGCAACAAGGACUCCCCCUACAACUUCAGCAACCCCCCCAUCACCAGCCUGGAGGACCUCAAGGUUGACUCGCGGCCCCCCUCGCCGGAGCCGCUGCAGAAGCACGAAUACUGGGGGAGCAAGCGGUCCUCCCGAACGCGCUUCACGGACUACCAGCUGCGGGUCCUGCAGGACUUCUUCGAUGCCAACGCCUACCCAAAGGACGAUGAGUUUGAGCAGCUCUCCAGCCUGCUGAACCUCCCGACCCGGGUGAUCGUGGUGUGGUUUCAGAAUGCCCGCCAGAAAGCCAGGAAGAACUACGAGAACCAAGGAGAAGGCAAAGAAGGUGGGGAGAGGCGGGAGCUCACCAACGACAGGUACAUCCGGACCAGCAACCUCAGCUACCAGUGCAAGAAGUGCAGCCUCGUCUUUCAGCGCAUCUUUGACCUCAUCAAGCACCAGAAGAAGUUGUGCUACAAAGACGAGGAUGAUGAGGGGCAGGACGACAGCCAGAACGAGGACUCCAUGGACGCGGCGGAGCUCCUCACCCCGACCAGCUCCUCCUGCAGCACCCCGAUGCCUUUGCAGACUUACAGCACCCCCACCUCUUCCGCAAACGCAGCCUCUUCCUCCUCCACUUUCCUGCCCCAGAUGGCCCCUGAGGCAGCGGAUGACUCUUCCUUUAAAGCAGAGGCUGCGGAUGACAAACCAAAGCAACCUGAACCUCCAAGUAUGCAGCAAAACCAAACCCCCGAGAAGCAGCAAGUACAACCAAAGCAGGAGGUGCUUCAGCUGCAGCAGCAAGAAGACCCCGGCGGUGAGCAGCGGGCCCCCAGCUCAGCGCACCCCAAGCCCUCCCCUCUGGCCCUGCCGCAGCCGGUCCAGCCUCCCCCCUGUGUCCUGCCGCAGUCGAGCCUGAGCCCCUCCCAGCUCUCUCACCUGCCCCUCAAGCCCCUCCACACGGCCAGUCCCCCGCAGCAGCAGCAGCAGCAGCAGCUGGCUAACUUGCCUCCCCAGCUGAUCCCCUACCAGUGCGAUCAGUGCAAGCUGGCCUUUCCCUCCUUCGAACACUGGCAGGAGCAUCAGCAGCUCCACUUCCUGAGUGCUCAGAACCAGUUCAUCCACCCCCAGUUCCUGGACAGGGCCCUCGACAUGCCCUUCAUGCUCUUUGACCCCAGCAACCCCCUGCUGGCCAGCCAGCUCCUGUCGGGGAGCCUCCCCCAACUCCCCCUGAGCUCUGCCACCUCGCCCUCCACCCCAACGUCCACCGUGAGCACCUUGAAGAGGAAGCUGGAGGAGAAGGCCAGCGCCAGCCCCGGGGAGAACGACAGCAGCACGGGCGGGGAGGAGCCGCAGCGAGACAAGCGGCUCCGCACCACCAUCACGCCCGAGCAGCUGGAGGUCCUGUACCAGAAGUACCUGCUGGACUCCAAUCCCACCCGCAAGAUGCUGGACCACAUCGCCCACGAGGUGGGCUUGAAGAAGCGUGUGGUGCAGGUCUGGUUCCAGAACACUCGGGCGCGGGAGCGGAAGGGGCAGUUCAGAGCUGUGGGGCCUGCCCAAGCCCACCGGCGGUGCCCUUUCUGCCGGGCACUCUUCAAAGCAAAAACUGCCCUUGAAGCACACAUCCGCUCCCGUCACUGGCACGAGGCCAAGCGGGCAGGCUACAACCUGACCUUGUCGGCGAUGCUCUUAGACUGCGAUGGAGGGCUCCACAUGAAGGCCGACAUCUUUGAUGGAACAGGCUUCUCCCACCUGCCCCCCAGCACCAGUGACAGCCAGGCCCUCUCCCCAGUGAGCAAGUCUCUGGACCUCUCGCCUCAUACGCUGCUGAGCCCCUCUUCCAUCAAGGUGGAGGGGAUGGAAGACUUUGAGAGCCCCUCCCUCUCGUCUGUCAAUCUCAGCUUUGACCAAGCCAAGCUGGACAACGACGACUGCUCCUCCGUCAACACAGCCAUCACGGACACCACCACGGGUGACGAGGGGACCGCGGACAAUGAGGGUGUCGCCGGACUGGCCGGUGAAGCCAAAUGCCUGCCAGGCCCCAGUGAGGGUCUGACCAAGGCCGCCAUGAUCGCCAUGUCCGAGUACGAAGACCGGCUGUCUUCUGGCCUGGUCAGCCCAGCUCCCAGCUUCUACAGCAAGGACUAUGACAACGAGGGCACGGUGGACUACAGCGAGACCUCCAGCCUGGCAGACCCCUGCUCGCCCAGCCCGGGCACCAGCGGCACUGCAGGCAAGUCUUCGGACAGCGGGGAUCGGCCGGGGCAGAAGCGCUUCCGCACUCAGAUGACCAACCUCCAGCUGAAAGUCCUGAAGCUGUGCUUCAACGACUACAGGACGCCCACCAUGCUGGAGUGCGAGGUGCUGGGCAACGACAUCGGGCUGCCCAAGCGCGUGGUCCAGGUCUGGUUCCAGAACGCUCGGGCCAAGGAGAAGAAGAACAAGCUCAGCAUGGCAAAGCACUUUGGCAUUAACCAGGCCACUUACGAGGGGCCCAAGACGGAGUGCACUUUGUGUGGCAUCAAGUACAGCGCUCGCCUCUCGGUGCGGGACCACAUCUUCUCUCAGCAGCACAUCUCCAAAGUGAAGGACACCAUCGGCAGCCAGCUGGACAAGGAGAAGGAGUACUUUGACCCUGCGACCGUCCGCCAGCUGAUGGCUCAGCAGGAGCUGGACCGCAUCAAGAAGGCCAACGAGGUCCUCGGCCAGGGCAGCAUCUUUGACAGCCCCCCACUGCAGGCGCUCCACCUCCCUGCCGCCUACCCCGCCCUUCAGGGCAUCCCUCCGGUCCUGCUGCCGGGCCUCAACAGCCCCGCCCUGCCCGCCUUCACCCCUUCGGACACAGCUUUAACUUCUCCCAAGCCCAGCCUGAUGGGUCUGCCCAGCACAAGCGUCCCCUCGCCCGGCCUCCCCACCUCUGGAUUACCAAAUAAACAGCCCUCGGCCUCCCUGAGCUCCCCCAGCCCAGCACAAGCCACCACCGCUGCAGCCUCUGCCCCCCUGGGGCCUCCUCGGAAGGACAAGGAGAGCGAGAAGGCGGCGAAGGAGAAGGCCCCCAGGGGAGCGAAGGGGGACUCUCCGCUGGUCCCCAAGAAAGAGAAAGCAGAGGCCCCCGGCCCAGCCCUCUCCGCCACGCUGCCUGCGCUGGAGUACUCGGUGGAGCCGGCCCAGCUCCAGGCCCUGCAGGCGGCCCUCAACUGCGACCCCGCCGCUUUGCUCACCAGCCAGUUCCUCCCCUACUUUGUUCCCGGGUUCUCUCCUUAUUACGCCCCCCAGAUCCCAGGAGCCUUGCAGAGCGGCUACCUGCAGCCCCUGUACGGCAUGGAAGGGCUGUUCCCCUACAGCCCGGCGCUGUCGCAGGCCUUGCUGGGCUUGUCCUCGGGCGCUCUGCUGCAGCAGUACCAGCAAUACCAACAGAGCUUGCAGGAAGCGGCGCAGAUGCAGCAGCGGCAGAGGCAAGUGCAUCACCCGCAGCCACCCCCCCCCAAAGGAAGCCAAACCCCAGUCCCUUCGGGGACGGCGACUCCAGACAAAGACCCUGCCAAAGAAUCCCCCCCGCCAGAAGAGCAGAAGAAGGCGUCCCCCCACCUGCCCCCACCUCCCGAAGAGCCCGAAGCUGAGGGCCACAGUGCGGCGCCCGCCCUUUGGGACCCCUUCCUCGUCCCCCGGGUGCAGUACCGGCUGGUCUGCCGCAAGUGCCAGGCGAGCUUCGGCACCCCGGAGGCGGCCAGCGACCACCUGCAGUCCCUCUGCUGCUUCGGCCAGUCUGCGGUGAACCUGCAGGAGAUGGUGCUUCACGUGCCUGCCGGCGGCAGCGGCCAGGGCAGCGGCUCGUACCAGUGCGUGGCGUGCGAGAGCACGAUGUGUGGGGACGAAGCCCUGCGGCAGCAUCUCGAGUCUGCCCCGCACAAACAUCGAACAAUCCCAAGAGCAGCAAGAAACGCCAAAGAGCACCCCAGUCUAUUACCUCACUCCGCCUGCCUCCCCGACCCCAGCACCGCAUCUACCUCGCAGCCUGCCGCCCCCUCCCCCCCGCCCUCUGCGCCCCCCCACCCCUCCCGCAAGUCUUGGCCCCCACCGCCGCCUCCGCCACCGCCGCCUCCGCCUCUCUCCUCAUCUUCAACGGUUACCUCAAGUUCAUGCAGCAGCACCUCAGGGGUUCAGCCCUCGAUGCCAAGAGAUGAUGACUAUUUGGAGGAGUCUGACUCGGACCUGAGCAGCAGCCCCCCGGCUAGCCUGGCAGAGAGGCCCGAAGAGGCCAGCUGCCCCAAGGACCGCCCUCUCGCUAGCCUGGAAAGGGACGCGGGGGGCACACUUUUCGAUUGUAAGCUUUGAAGAGGAACAAUUUUAAAAAAAUGAAUUUAAAAAAAAUUAACAAACCAAUUUCAAAAAUAGACUAACUGCAAUUCCAAAGCUUCUAACCAAAAAAGAAAAAGAAAAAAAAAGAAAUGAAAAGUGUGGGGUGUUUUCCCAUAGAAGGAUAUGCCGGCAGGUUUCCCAUUGCUUUCUUUUGAAUGAAGCCCAUCGUCUUUUGGCUCCACUUGGUUGGUCUUGAAGGCACGAGAUUGAGAGAAAGGCA